ACGGCUGCUGCCGUUCGGGUAGUCAACAAGGAAAUUUUAAGCCAAUCCAAUCCAAAUCGGCCAAAGAUUUUGAAAAAUGUUACGUGUUAAUGUGUACACUUUCUUCGCGGAUUACAGACGUUCCAAGCAACCCCCGUGGGAACUGUGACGAUGUGUUAAAACCUCUCAAGUUUGCGCUGUGACUAUUGCGACUGCACAUUGAUCCACGAUACGUUGAGUUCAUGCCAACCGCUACGUUUGUGUGCAGCCCUUGCUGCUAGUCUGUCAAAGCGCAGGGCAUUCCUGCUGGUGCAAGUGUGAUGAAACCUGUCAUCACGAAAAUGAAGCUUCCUGAUUUUACGGGGCCAGUUUGCAGAACGAAGCCGUGGGUUCCUCCUCCUGGAAAAACAUCGAGGGACGAUAAAGACGCAACGAAAGCAAAGAAACCAGCCGGCACCGCUGGCGUUGUUAGACAGGAAUAUUCUCGGCGCUUCACCGUUCCUCUCCUUGAGUUUCCAGCAAUGACUGUGGAUGAAGGCCAUUUCGGUUUCUUAGAGCGUAUAUGUAACCCACCUGGUGCCAUGUCAAGCUUCCCUCUAGAAAGUGAGAAACGUGACACUUCAACGUGGACAGAAAUGAGGAAUUGUGAAGCUGAGACUCAGACCGACUCAAGGGUGCCCCCGUUCCAGUAUUGUGAUCCAGACGCCUUGAAGCUUCCUGAGAAGAUUGAGCUACACAAGCUAUCCCAGGUGGUGCAACACCUUGAAGACGAAUGCUCAGGGUUUCGUGAAGCUUUGAGCGAGAAAAACGACCUUCUGGUCCGUGCCCAGGAAGAGCUCGGUAUAUUUUUAGGCCACCUGCACGCCCUGAGAACGACGCUGCUGCUUGCGGAAAAUUGUUCCGCUGUCAGUUCAUUUAUGUGGAAGGAAGAAGAAAACGUGCCUGCAAAGAUAAAAGAUCUUAAAGUGAAUGCGAGUAAGGUUAGGCAAGCAAUUUCCACGCUCUUGGACAAAGAGGAUCACGGUUCUUCGGUGUCCGACGAGCUCCCCCGCGUAUGGGGUCUUCUAACAAGAGUCCUUGCAAGGUUGGAAAGCGACUUGUGGGAGUCCUGCAAAGAUCAUUUGACAACUCACCUGCGACGUGACAUAGAGUCGAAAGAGGAAGAAAUUGCCCAGCUCCGGAAAGACGUUGAAUAUUACAUGAAACGAGAAGAGGGUGAGAAGGAACGUCAAGAUCGAUGCCUGGAUUUGAUUCAAGAACUCCAGAAAAAGUGCCACGGCGAGAAGAAAUCUCUCAGAAAGGGAGUUGAAUCUUGGGAAAGCAAUGCUGCGAAGUAUGAAGAGACAAUCCAAAGCCUCAGUCGCGAACUGAACGACAAGGAUAGGAAGUUACAUGAAGCUACAUCUGAAAGUGAAAGUCUGAGAGCAUCAAUAGAAAAGAUGCACUUAGAAAGAAUUGAUGUUGAAAGAGCAUUGAUUAACAUGAAAAGCAAGGUUGCGGACCUGGAGCCCUUGAUACUGAAUCCAACUGCCAACGUCCAAGCACAACGUUUGAUGAAUGAGUUGGGUGAGCACAAAGACGAGAUCCGUUUUCUUCGGAAAAAGCUCCAAGAAGUUAGUCAGCAGAAAGGAUUUAGUACUGUAGGUUUGAAUGCAUUAUUAUGUGAUAUGAACUUGCUGCAAGAAACUUUACACAAAAGCAGAGAUCCGAAGACAAGGCAACUAGUCUCCUUGCUUGAUAAGCUCAAGCAGCAAGUUUCACAGCUUGCUGGAGGUCACUGGGAUUUACAUGCAGCCAGCUUGAACGGACAGUCAUUCGAACCAGCUUUCGUAUUUGAUCGGGAAAAAGAGAGAUUGUCUGCCAAAGUAGAGGAGCUGCAAGGAGAAUUGGACCACAUGGCCGCCAGCAACAGAAACCUAACAUCUUACAUUGCGACACUACGUAAGAGCUAUGCAGCAGUGUUCUGUGAGUCGCUUCAAACAUCCAGUCAACCGUCAAGGGUCACCGAGGAAGGACAUGCAUCUCAUUGAUUUCAUUACCCCUUGCCCUCUACAUCAUCAUCACCACAGUUUCCUGACAUUGCAUGUACAUAUGUUGCUUCAUCAUUCAUGUGGAGUAUAUUUUUCUAAUGACCGAAUACAUACAUUCAUAAGGA